AUGACGCGCCGAGCGAGCGGAAAGCUCACCCCACAAAUUCCGCUCCACCCUGGUCUAGCUUCCGAGGUACGUGGGCAACUGCCGAGCGGAACAUCGACAUCACUCUUCGCACAUCGCGGGGUGAGCAUCAAUCAUGCCGGCGCUGAAGUUUGUGAGAUCUGUCUGGGAGUCGUUCCGAGCGAACUCGGGCCUGGAGCCAAGCUCCGAGUGACCUCGGCAGUCCCAGGCCGCGUCAAGUUCGAGCUAGACAUCCAGAAAGAGCACACAAACCGCCUCAACAUCCUCCACGGCGGCACAAUAGCUAGCAUGGUCGACCUCGGCGGCUCCCUCGCAGUAGCAUCCCGUGGCCUCUUCGCGACAGGUGUAUCCACCGACCUAAACGUAACCUACCUCUCCUCAGGCGGCAAGAUUGGCGACUUGAUCAAGGCUGAAGUAACGUGUGAUAAGUUCGGCAAAACACUCGCCUUCACGUCCAUCAACUUCAGCAACAACAAGGGAGAAGUCUUCGCACGAGGAAGCCACACCAAAUACGUUGCGUUGGCGUGGAAAGAUCCCAACAACAUCGUCGAGGAGCUUUCGCCUAAGCCUGAGAAGAAGGAGUAG